AUGGCGCUUAGCAAAAAGCAAUUAUUGCUUUUGCAUGUUGUUAUUGUGAAGUCGAUGAAAACGAUGUAUCAAAUAUUUAAAACAGUUUUGGGUAAGACCAAUAUUCCAAAUGAGAGCACAAUUAAGUGAAAUUUUUACACUAGUUAAGACUGUUAAAGAGUUACAGGAGGAAGACCACGAAGGCUACUUCAAUUAUUUCAGGAUGUUACCAAACCAAUUUGCCGGAUUAUUUACACAAUUUGGUAAAGCCACUAAUUUAGAAGCCCAAUAAAAACUAUUACAAUUUCUAUCACUCCAUCUAGCCGCCAUUUUGAAAACAAAUUUUCAUGUGACUGUAUACUGUUUUAUGAUUGGUUUAUUAUUGCGAUCACUCGCAGUGAGUAAAAAAAAAGAUUCAUGAAAUCCCACUCGUUGUCUGUUGGAGCAAUGACUCUGAUAUGAAAAGCAUCAAUGACACCGAUUACAUAAACGAAAUUUGCAAUUUCAUAUAGACUAUGCAACCUCGUACCCAGGCUCUUUCCACUAAGGGCCUCGCUGGAGGAAAGACCCUGGCGCAGGCUGGUCACAUGUCUCCCAGAUUUUGGGAGAUGACAAAAUUUUUACAUAAGGCAUGUGGUAAAAUAUAAAUUGGACUGUAAUCAUCUUUUUAAAAAUAUUAUAAAAAAUCCAUUGUCAAAUUGUCAUUUCACCUUUUGCUUUGUUUUCUAGAUUUUACACAUGUUGAUGCAGUUCUUCACGCAAGUCAUUUCCCUGGCUCACACACAGGAGUUAAUAUUGCUGAGAUGUUCUGCAAGAUAUGCGCAAGCUGGAAUAUCCACAAAGCUCGCCGAGAACUUCUUGUUCGAGACAGGGCAGCUAAUAUGUUCGUGGGCAGUGAUUUGGCUGAAAUUCCAUCUAUUCACUGCACAAUCCACCAACUUCAACUUGUUAUCGAAGAUGCAAUCCUGUCUCAACUUGCAAUCAUUGACCUGUUGGCCAAAGGUCGCAGGCUGGUGACCCACUUUAACCACUCAGCACUUGCUCGCAAAGAGUUGAAGAUGCUGCAAGAAAAACAAGGCAAGGUCCUACUUUUGCCCAUUCAGGACGUCCCAACCCGGUGGAACAGCGCAUACCUGAUGAUGGAACAUAUGGUUAAAUUGAAGCUUGUAUGUAUCUGAUCACAAUGGCCUACCCACAAUUACUGCAAAUGAAUGGCAACUCAGUGAACUAUUUCUUCUUAUUUUGAAGCCUUUUUUUAUUUAGCCAAAGGGAUGAGUGCUGAAUAUUCUAUACUUUCUAGUGUGAUCCCCAACAUAGUUACCCUCAAGUUAUUUUUGUCCAAGAUAGUACAAGAUGAUCAAGGUGUGCAGACAACCCAAGAAUCCCUUCUACAAGCUCUUCAAAACCUUUUCCACCUUAGAGGGUCCAAAUGAACUGAAUAUCAGGAAGGAUAAGCACUAUGUCACUGUGACAACUAUCGAUCCACAAUACAAGAAUACUUUUUUUCAAGACACGGAAAAGGCCAAAGCCUGGCUGCUUGAACAGCUGGUUAAAGUUCACAGAGGUCAUCUUGUACAAGAGAAUUUGGAGGAGGUUUCCACUUCAGAUGGCAACCAGAAUGACAACUCUUUCCAUGCUGGUCCAGAUCAUGUUUUGAUGAUAACAAACCAACACAAAGUCGAAGAAGCUACCAACUCGAAAAGGGAACAAGGUGAACAAUCUUGUCUUGUGUCAGCUGCAGAAGAGGUGGACAUGUUCAUGAUGCUGCCACUGCUCCCUCAAACUGUUAAUCGAUAG